GUAAAGCCACUGCAAUCCAAAGAAUCAUUCAAACUGGUCGAGAUGUUCAUCGAAAGCUUCCUGCUGCUAUUGGCGCUUAACUCCCUGUCCGCAGGACGAGUAAACCGGCCGGAAGGACGCAUCAUCGGCGGAGGACCCAUUGAAAUAGAACAGGCUCCCUGGCAGGUGUCCGUCCAAUAUAAUGGCGGCCAUCAUUGCGGUGGCUCCAUUUAUAGCGAAAAUAUCAUCGUUACUGCGGCCCAUUGCUUUUUCGGUAAAAACGACAGACGAGGAUUUAAAGUUCGCGCAGGAUCCGCCCUAGCAGAUUCCAAUGGAACUCUUGUCGAUUUGGCCGCUAUAAAAGUCCACGAAAACUUUGGGCUUGAUAUAAAUAUGGACGACAUCGCCAUCGCGAGGUUAAGUAAGCCACUUGAGUUCACAAGCAAAGUUCAGCCCAUUCCUUUGGCUAAGUCGAAUCCUUCUCCUGGAUCAAUUGCCUUCGUCUCCGGCUGGGGAAAGUCAUAUAUUUUUAACAAUGGGAAGAUGUCAUCUCCAAAACAACUUCAAGGAUUAACCCUGCGCAUUGAAAGCCCUUUCACCUGUUCACCUUUCACCGGUUCCUCACAACUAUGCGCAGGAACUUAUGGGAAAACGGUUUGCGAAGGCGAUUCUGGAGGACCAUUGGUGGUUAACAAACAACUUGUGGGUGUUGUCUCUUGGGGUAAACAAGGUUGCUCAUCUAGAGCAUUCUUCGCCAGUGUUCCUUAUUACCGUGAAUGGAUCUUAAACGCAAUUGCCUCAAUUCAGUAACACUUUCAUGUAAUGUCAGCGAAACCAAAUAAAUAAAUAUUCCGAAAAGCAUCUGCUCAAAGCAAAA